AAACAGGGCCCGCCUAGCGUUGGGGGGUGGUAAAGUCAACAGCGCGGGCAAAAAGGUAGCACGUCCCCGGUGGCCCAGGCGCGUCACCGGGCGGACGCGGAGGACCAGAAGUCCACCCAAGGCCCGCGGCCCCUGCACAAGUUCGCAGGGGCGGGAGAAAGCGCCGGGGUCCCCCGGGGCGGCGAGGAAGAGCGCUGAGACCCAGGAGGCCUGUAGUGCGCCUGGUGGCCGUGAGCGCCGGCGGUCCUCCACGCGGGCCUCCGUGUCCCCGCCGGGCGCCCAAGCCUGGGCCAUGCGCCGAGGGGGCGUGCGCACCUUCGCACUGGAGCUGGCGCGGGGCCCGGGCGGCGCGUACCGCGGCGGGGAGCGGCUGUGCGGCCGGGUGCUGCUGGAGGCGACGGCGCCGCUGAGGGUGCGAGCGCUCGAGGUGGCCGCGCGUGGCGGGGCUGCUACGCAUUGGCUCGAGGGCCGAAGCGUGGGCGUCAAUGCGGUGUCCAGCGACUUCGCGGCCGCGGAGACGUACCUGCGGCGGCGGCAGCAGCUGAUUCGAGGGGCGGGGUUUGAGUCUCGCUCCGCCCCGCCCUGCCGUAUAAAGGCGGCGCCGACGCAGGUGGCGAAGUCUCUGGCCGGGUUAGCAAGUGCGCCUGCGUGCGCCGAGUGGAUUCGCGUCUUGAGGCUGCCGGGACUGUACCUCGCGCCGCCGCGUAGGGGGUUCGAGGCCAGGGUCCGCGUGUCGCGGGUUCGCAUCCCCAGCAAGAUGCUGUUCCACAAGGUGAAGGCAUUCGUGGUGCAGCUGGACCGCGAGGGCGCCGAUUCCGUGUUCAGCGGCGGCCAGGCCGUAGCCGGCCGGGUGCUGCUAGAACUGACGGGCCCGGCGCGCGUGGGCGCCCUCAGACUGCGCGCGCGGGGCCGCGCCCACGUGCACUGGACUGAGUCGCGCAGCACCGGCUCGAGCACCGCAUACACGCAGAGCUACAGCGAGCGUGUGGAGGUCCUGAGCCACAGUGCCACGCUUCUCGCGCCAGAUACGGGAGAGACCACAACACUGCCUGCUGGGCGCCACGAGUUCCCAUUCAGUUUCCAGCUACCUCCGACCUUAGUGACCUCAUUCGAGGGCAAACAUGGCAGUGUCCGAUACAGCAUCAAGGCCACCCUGCACCGUCCCUGGGUCCCUGCCCGCCGGGCAAGGAAAGUGUUUACUGUUAUUGAGCCUGUGGACAUCAAUACACCUGCCCUGCUGGCUCCUCAAGCGGGAGCUCGGGAGAAGGUUGCUCGAUCCUGGUACAGUAACCAUGGCCUUGUCUCCCUCUCGGCCAAGAUCGACCGCAAGGGGUACACACCAGGUGAAGUAAUCCCCGUUUUCGCUGAGAUCGACAACGGCUCCACUCGUUCGGUGCUGCCACGGGCAGUCGUGGUCCAGACACAGACCUUCAUGGCACGAGGUGCCCGCAAGCAGAAGCGCACAGUGGUGGCCAGUCUCUCGGGCGAGCCUGUAGGCCCUGGGCGGCGGGCGCUAUGGCAGGGCCGGGCACUUCGGAUCCCUCCUGUGGGCCCUUCCAUUCUGCACUGCCGCGUGCUGCAUGUGGACUACGCUCUCAAGGUCUGCGUGGACAUCCCAGGCACAUCCAAGCUGCUCCUGGAGCUGCCGCUGGUCAUUGGCACUGUCCCCCUUCACCCUUUCGGCAGCCGCUCAUCCAGCGUGGGCAGCCACACCAGCUUCCUAUUGGACUGGGGUCUGGGGACCCUGCCAGAGCGGCCUGAGGCCCCUCCUGAGUACUCUGAGGUAGUGGACAAUGUGGCAGCUACAGGGCAGAGUCCCUUCCCACUGCUUCGGGACUCCAACAUGAGCCUUGAAAGCCCCUUCUUCGCCUAUAUCCAGGAGUUCCGCUACCGCCCGCCACCCCUGUACUCUGAGGAGGAUCCAAACCCACCCUCCGAGGCCAUGAGGCCACGCUGCAUGACCUGCUGAGUGGACGUGGAUACCUAGAGGGACAAAGUUGCACAUGUGCUUCCAGCCACCAUGGACCUGGGAAGUGGCUGGGUCAAGAGCAGACCAGCCUGGCUGUGCUGAAGUUGGGGAAACCAAGUCUCAGAACAGGGCAGGGCUGUUCUGACAUCGCACAGGACAAAGGAAGAGCCAGUCUGGGACCUGACUUAUCUGGACUGGGCCUUGUAAGGCAUCAAAUGCCUGGUGUAGGACCUGAGAGACUGCUCAAGCUGUCUAUGUUGACCUGUGGACAGGGCUAGGGUUCCCCAGGAGCCUCCAGUCUGAGAGAGACAGCCAGACAUAAAUAAUUCCAGUCCUGUGGCUCCAGAGGAAGCAGAGGAGGCUUCCUAGAGGAAAGGGCAUUUUAGCUGAGGCUUUGGCAUAUGAAUAGGAGCUCAGCAGGCAGGUAAGGAAGGAGAAGUCAGAGAAGGUUCAGAGCUGAGUGAUGUUUGGAGACUGCCCCCUUCAUCUUAGAACUGGGGCUCAGAGGGCAAGUGCCUCAGUUGAGGUCACACUGGUCCAGCAGGUGAGAGGGCCCAGGAACAAGGCAUUCAGGGAAACAAGUCGUGGGAGCUUUGCGAGGCCUGUGGGCUGCAGGGGCAGCAGAUCCAGCCUUUGAAGCCUCUGAAAGCUGGAGAUUCUUGCCCUAGACUGGGACUAUCUGGGGCCUCCUUCAGGUACUGCAGACACAGAGCUGCCUGGGUGCUAUAUGGCCUGGAAAGCCAGAUUCAGUGGGGGCCCUACAAGACCAGCUACAUAACUUGCAAAAGAAAAUGUGGGGCCCUUGUUCAAGGGUUAUCAAAAAUUUCAAGAUAGUAACAGCAGAACAUUUAACCAGGCCCUGGGGACAGAGGUCAGCCUGUGGUGACACAGCAGGGCCAGUGUGUUUCUGGAGAACCCUGUGUUUGGAAGGAUAAAGUGGGAGGGGGCAGCUGGGCAAGCCCCCAACUGCAGAGUCCCAGCCCUGACUAGGGCAGAACUUCUGCCUGGGACUCAGCAUUUCUGAUAAGCCUUAAAUAGUUCUCUUUUGUACAAUUAUUUUUCAAAAAUAAAAGUGUGGAAGACGAGA